AUGAAGGUCGAAAUUGACUCCUUUUCUGGUGCUAAGAUCUACCCAGGUAGAGGUACUCUGUUUGUCAGAGGUGACUCCAAGAUUUUCAGGUUCCACUCCUCUAAGUCUGCUUCUUUGUUCCAUCAAAGAAAGAACCCAAGAAGAAUCUCAUGGACUGUGUUGUACAGAAGACACCACAAGAAGGGUAUCACUGAAGAAGUUGCCAAGAAGAGAUCCAGAAAGACUGUCAAGGCCCAAAGAGCUAUUGUCGGUGCUUCUUUGGAGUUGAUCAAGGAGAGAAGAUCUGUGAAGCCAGAAAUUAGAAAGGCUAAGAGAGACGAAAAGGCUAAGGCUGACAAGGAGAAGAAGAAGGCUGAAAAGGCUGCCAGGAAGACUGAAAAGGCAAAGUUGGCCCAAGGUUCAAAGGUCUCUAAGCAACAGGCUAAGGGUGCCUUCCAAAAGGUUGCUGCCACUUCUCGUUAA